UGUUAAAUGCUGCUGCAGUAUUUUCUCCUGCUUCUGACAGCAGAUUUUCAGGGUGACAGCAAACAAAAAACGGAGCUCUAUUUACACACUUGACGGACAGCUGAACUUUUGAUUACGUUUAAGCGUGUCAACACAGCUCCCCCUCGGCAGGGCCAGGCGCUGUUGUAACGGCAGCGUAAAUGACAUUGCAACCGGGAAAGGGUAGCACCGUUAAGCUAACAACGCAGUCCUGAACGGGCUGCUAUGGGCCUUCGGGUGACCUGACAGCCAAAGUCGCCGAGUUGCGGUUCAGCUUGCGGAUGACGACUGAUGAAAGGAUGGAUCAAAGGUUGAAGGCAGUCUCUCUGGGGUUCGUGUGCGUGGUGGUAGUAUGAACAAAGUGGGUGUGUAUGUGUCUUGACUGUAUGAAUUUUGCUGUUGCUCGCUGAUGUGCAGGCCAGGCAGGAUCUAUAAGGCAAAUGGAUGUUUAGCAAGAGCCAACUGAGGAUACUACUCCUUGUCUGAACCUAAGUGUAUGUUACGGUGACGUCAGCCAUGUUUUGGAAGUUUGAUUUACACACAUCUUCACAUCUGGAGGCUUUGCUGGACAAGGAGGAUGUCACGCUCAUUGAGCUCAUGGAUGAGGAAGAUGUGCUGCAGGAGUGCAAGGCACAAAACAGGAGACUUCUCCUGUUCUUGUGCCAGGACCAGUGCAUGCAGGAUCUGGUUCAUAUGAUUACUACAGAGCCCCCUGCUGGUGUAGAGGAAACCAAGCGCUUCAAGUAUCCAAAUAUAGCAUGUGAGCUGCUGACAUGUGAUGUGGGAGUGAUCAAUGAUAAGCUGGGUAAUGAGGAGCCUCUGCUGGAAACUCUGUAUGCCUUCUUGGAGCAGCCAUCUCCGCUUAACCCCCUCCUGGCAUCUUUCUUUAGCAAGACAAUUGGGAACCUCAUCACGCGGAAGACUGAGCAGGUGAUUACUUUCCUGCGAAGGAAGGAGGGAUUCCUUUCGUUGGUCCUGAAGCAUAUUGAUACGUCAGCCAUGAUGGAUGUGCUCCUACGCCUUAUCAGCUGUGUGGAGCCACCCCCUCUUCGACUCGAGACUCUUACUUGGCUGAAUGACCAGAAACUGGCCCAAAGACUCAUAGAGCUCAUUCACCCUGAGAGAGAUGAAGAGAGGCAGUCAAAUGCAUCUCAAACGUUGUGUGACAUCAUACGUUUGAGCAGAGACCAGGCCAACCAGCUCCAAGAGAUGUCACAGCCUGACCCUUUGCUGACUGUGCUUGAAUCACAGGAGUGUGUGGAGCAAUUGCUGCAGAAUAUGUUCUCAGGGGAGAGGACUGAGAGCUGUAUCGUCAAUGGGAUUCAAGUUCUUCUUACUUUACUGGAAAUCAGGAGGCCUGUGGUGGACGGUGUAAUGGAUGCUCAGGGAUUUGAGAGAAGUUACACUGUUAACAGCAGUAUUUUGCUGGCCAUCCAGCCACACCUGAUACACUUCCACCAGCUACUUCUGGAGCCACCCAAGCGAGAUCCAAUGCUGACUACUUUGGGUGUGCUGGAGGAGCCACUGGGGAAUACGCGUCUGCACGUGGCCAGACUAGUGGCCUCUUUGCUUUAUACCAGCUCUGCUAGCCACGCAGUCGUAGCACAGGAGCUCUGCAGACUCAAUACAAUGGACCUCCUUCUGGACUUGUUCUUCAAGUACACAUGGAACAACUUCCUGCACCUCCAAGUGGAGCUUUGUGUUGCUGCCAUCCUCCGGCCCUGUGCCCAUGAAAUGAGACUUCAGCCUGGCUUGGGCUCCCAUGAAAAAUUCAAGCCUCAGCAAGAUGCAUCGCAAGAGCAGGAUUUGACUGAGACUCUGACGUCUGAGCCUUCAGCCACCUCUGAGAACUCUGCACAUAAUUUAAUGGUGACUCAUUUAUUUCAGCACUGCCACCUUGUUCAGAGGAUUCUGGAGGCUUGGGAAGAGAAUGAUAAAAUGCAGUCAGAAGGUGGUAUGAGAAGAGGGUACAUGGGACACCUGACCAGGAUUGCCAACACAGUGGUCCACAACCUGGAGAAAGGCCCGGUUCACACCCAGAUUAGUAGCCUCAUCACAGAGCUGCCAGAGGACUACCGAGGACGGUGGGAAACCUUUGUGGACCAGACACUGUCAGAGACCAACAGGAAGAACACCAUAGACCUGAUUGGCACUGGAAACCCUCGUCCUUCCUCUGAGGAUGAUAUGGAGAGCCCCUUCCCCAAAGAGCUGACAAUACAACAGGCCUUCUCAGACUAUCAGAUCCAGCAGAUGACGGCCAAUUUUGUGGAUCAGUUCGGAUUCAAUGACGAGGAGUUUACCGAUCAUGACGACAGCAUUGGGGCAACGUUUGACCGGAUUGCAGAGAUCAAUAUCAACAUUGAUGCAGGCCAGGACAGCGCCAACACAGCUGUGUUUGAGGCUUGUUCCAAGGAGAGGAUUCAGCCCUUUGAUGAUGAUGAAGAGGACAUCUGGGAGGAAAAAGAGAUCAACUAUGCAACACAAACCAAGUCCCGGAACAGGUUUGGUGGGUCACGGACCUCCCAAAGCCAAGCUGCCAAUAAGAGUUGUGAUAUGACAGCAACUUCUGGUACUGAGGUCUCUGACAGAGCAGCAGACUCAGACUCUGAGGAAGAAGACCCUAAAGAUGACCUGGAUCCUUUCUCAAGUCAGGACCAGACUGAGGCAACUAAGAGCACUGACUGGGUAGCAGACUUUGGAGAAGUGAACUCUAAGGCUCCUGCAGCAGGAGUUGGUUUUGCAGCCUGGGACACUCCAGUCUCUCAGCCAGCUGCAACAGAGGCCGAAGAGAAGGGGUGGGCCAAGUUCACUGACUUCCAGCCUUUCUGUUGCUCUGAAACAGGCCCCAGAUGCAGCUCUCCUGUGGACUCGGACCUCAGUGGAUCAGACAACACCAAACCAAACCAGAACCCGUGUGUGUGGAGUGUGUGCGUGGCAAGAAAAGCUCCUCUGGUGGCAUCAGACAGCUCGUCCUCCAGCAGCUCAGACAGCGAGGAGGAAGAAGGCAAGACAGACUCCACCUCCAGCGAGACGGUCACCACAGAGACCAUCACCACAGGUGCUGGCAAGGAGACCAUCCGGCUCACAGUGGACGCCAAAAAUGAGAGGGCAGUCUUCACCAGAGUAUUCAGACCUGCAGUCAGACGCGAAGCGGAUAAGGUGCCAGUAGAAGGACUGUCCAUCAAAGACAAGGGGAAAAGCAGCGAUAAAGAAAGUGAAAAAGGAAAGAAACAUGGAAACUGUUCCAAUCCAAUUACCGCCAGUCCAACUAACCAGUCGGCUGCUGCCACACAAGAGGCGCAGUCGUCAGCUAACGGACCGGCCUAAUGGUGCGGUACAGGCACACACUUCACACCUGUUCAUACAACACACAGCCAUGCCACCUUUGCUUCCUGUUAGCAGCCCUCCAAUGCCAAUUUUGUUGUGUCUGAAGACAUGUAAGUGAGUGGGAGAUCCUCAGCACUGAGAUCAAACAGUAUUUAUGUUGGACAUCAGAAAUCUACACAUGGGUACAACUGAUGUCUCUACUGCGCCUUCAUGACAUAGUAACACCGAACCGCUUCAAAGAGAAAUGUACGUUUUAUAGAACAUCUGAUUGUGUCAGAAACCCCAAAGCCCAGCUGUGUAAAAUAUGGAUUUUUUUCAUAGAACUUAGGAAAUGUAAAGACCCUUAAGACGAGCAGAGGCGACACAGUAUGUUUGAGUGCCCGUUGCAAACACUGAAAUCUAAAAUUAGACGUUUUUAUUCAAUUCAGCUUCAGAAUUUGAGAUUGUUUGAGCCUGUCUGCGCUCUGGGCAUUAAAUCACAGCCCAGCGAAUUUUUCUAGCAGAGCAUUUGACUGUUUACACUUUAGUAAUGAAAACUGUAUUCGCAUAAUUAGCCAAAAUUACGAAAGCCAAGACGCUUGCGAAGCUAGCUAGCUACCAUUUUGUCUUUAGCAUUUCCGUGUACGUGCCAGGCAGACAUUUUACUAGUGAAAACGUGUGAGUGACAAUAAUUUGGCUUUUUUUUUCUCCCCCCUUACAUCCAAUAUAAAUCAUUUCUCAAUCAAGUAUAAAUUUGUUUUCUAUGAUCAUAAAUGCCCUCUUGUUAAUUUGGAGCAUUAGAUUUGGGAGGAUCAUGUGCCACUUCCUCCUCGGACAGAUUCAUGUAGUGUAGAGGCGUGUGUGCUGUUGUAUCCAUGUGUGUACAUCCAUGUGUGUGUGUGUGUGCGCAUGUGUUUGAGCUCUGUCUGAGGUGCAGAGUGUAUUCUCAGGUCAUAGGAGAAGUAUGCAGAGGCAAAGAAAGCACACCUGUGUAACGCACACGCACGCGCACACACACAGUGCCGUACACACAUGUAUACACAAAGCAUAUCUACAAACACAUGCAAAAAAAAAAGACUUUGAUGUGCACAUACCAGUUCAUACCACCCUCAGAGCUGUUUAAAUGUAAUAUUGUGAAAUUUGAACCUGUAUUAGGUUGUGGCUAUUCUUGGUAAUAUGUAAACGUAAUAUAAAUGUAAACAGUAUAUAUAUAAACAUUAUAUCUAUUUUUGGAAUAAAUCCAACGUACAGAAAGGCGGUUGUUUUGCAGGUUGCAACGUGUGUAUCGUAUGUGUGUUGUACUGUUGAAAUGAGGCAAUAAUGAUGUCUUUGUUUGGGUUAAAAGGCCAGCAUCAGUUCCUGUUCCCUUGCUACAUGCUUCCGACACGGAGGUUUAGGAGUGUGCACGUUGUGACUGUUGAGUCGGUUGUCUGCGGUAUGUCUUCCGUAAUGUUUACUUAAAGGCUGUUUAUUACAACUUGGGCGUCAUUUUCAUUCAUCGCUUUGGGAAGAAUGAUAGUUCAUCAAGUGAAAUUAGGGUAAGAAAUGAAGGUAAUGAUUAAAAUAACACCCAUCACAGUUAGAGAUGAUACACUGGUUUGACUUGGACCUUUUGUCAUAUCAUUUGUGCAUAUCAUUUGUAUCAAUCUGUCGAAUAUACUACCGUUCAAAAGUUUGGGGUCACUGAUAUAGAAAUGUCCUUAUUUUUGUAAGAAAAGCUUCUUUUUUUACAGUGAAGAUAACAUUAAAUUAAUCAGAAAUACAGUCUUGUUAAUGUGGUAAAUGACUAUUCUAGCUGGAAACGGCUGAUUUUUAAUGGAAUAUCUCCAUAGGGGUACAGAGGAACAUUUCCAUCAACCAUCACUCCUGUGUUCUAAUGCUACACUGUGUAGCUAAUCGUGUCAAAAGGCUAAUUGAUGGUUAGAAAACCCUUCUGCAGUCAUGUUAGCACAUGAAUAAAAGUGUGAGUUUUCAUGGAAAACAUGAAAUUGCCUGGGUGACCCCAAACUUUUCAGUAGUCAAUCAACAGACACAUAUUCGGUAACAAUUUAUAAUGAUCAAUUAAAGUCAUUUUUCAAGCUAAAACUACCAUAUAUAUCAAUUUUAGUUUGUCUGUUGUGAGAAUUUCCAGCCUUUAAGUCCUUGAGUUUUGGACUGUUGCUGUUUUAAAGCAUCAUCUCGGGUUUUAACAAAUUGCAAAGGGCUUUUUUUUUAUUAAUGUCUUCAGGCCGGUUAUUCAUCAAAUCAUAAAUCUGUUAAUCUAACAAGAAGUUCCCAGUGGAAUUUUUCUUGUAAGCAAACAAAAAUUAUGUUUACAUGCAGUGUUACUCAACCAAACGCCGUGUUUGUGUUCGUAUCCUGCAGCUCUGGCACAUGCGCCGAAUUCUUUCUCUCUCAUCAAACUUUGUUGAUUAGCCGAAUGCGUGCGACUGCUGGCAUGAUUACAUAUCACAUUACUGGCAUUCUUGCGCGUGCUCCAAUGCUGGUGCAUGUUUAAAAGGGAAAAAAAACUGUUCCAUUGUAGUACUAGAGGUCAAAAACUGCACACUUGAAUCGAUAUUGAAAACAAUUUUGAUAGUGAAACCACCAUCAACACAUCACUAGAUUCAUUCUCUUGCCUCAUCAAACUGCAUGUUAUCAGCAAUCAACAUGUUCAAUACCUUCUAAUCAUAUCCAGUAGAAAUGACCCAAGUUGUAAUAAACCAGAGUUGUUCUUUAAGUCUGCAUGUGCCAGACAGUCAUGCUUUACUUUAACUUUCUCCUCGUCUCUCUCUUUCUCAGGGCAGGAGUUGACUUUAAUUGCAUACGGUAUAUGCCUAUGGAAUGAUUUACAUAGAUUGUUGUAUUUAUUUUAAAUCGCACUUUUUCAAGAAGCACUUUUGAUUUGUAUUCGGUGGUGCAAAGUGCCGCCACGUUAUUCCCUUCUCAAAGAGGCGGGAAUGUUUGACUUGAAUGGGUGAGUCAUGUAGAUACUUAGAAUACUUCUUCUUCUUCUUCAAUGCUUUCUGCCAAAGUGUGUCUUCCCACCAGUGUACAACUGGGUUCCAUAUCUGUGAAGUAGCCUCCUUUCUUGCAGCGGUCUUACAGGUCUACAUUUAUCUCAAGCAAUCUCUGUUUGAUCUUUACCAUCUUUUUUUUGUUUCUUUUAAAGUUCUGUGAAAGAGCUAUGAGCAGCAGGAGAGGAUGACACAAGUCAGAGAAAGACUUUGAAGAUUCAUCUUAGAUCACAGCCUAUUUUUUUCCUUUUCCUUUUUUGCUUUUAUCUGUUCAGGGCUUUGAGCUGUUUGAAGUGGAACUGCACAGAGAGUUCGCAUCGCUUCGUGUCAGGGUUAGAAGAGGAAAAAAUAGGGCUGUUUUCCAUCAGGGUUGUGUACAGGGUCAGAAUAUUUCGUCCCCUCCGUCACCAAACCUAAGCACUGCAUCUGACCCUUACCAUUGUGUGUGUAUGUGUGUGUGUGUGUGUGUGUUUCCUUCACUUUGGGAGUGUGUCGUGUGCUGUAUAGCUACGGGUACGUUGUGAUGUUAUGCAUAAUGGCAUGAGGUACAAUACAGUGAUUUUUAAGUGCCAUUAAGUUUGCACAUUAGCCUCAUUCACCUCGCUGGGUAUGUGCUGUAUUGUGCCCAAAACUUUAAUGGAGAAACAAUGGGUGUUAAGUUGUUACUUAACCCAUUGCUUGUUACUUACACUGAGGCCAUUUCAAAGUUUAAAGUUUUCCCCACAUAACAGCUUAUCAUAUUUGGGUACGUGUGUGCGGGAGUGCUGGGAAAGACAGCCGUUGUUGUUAAAUGCCUUUUUUCUUUUGUGAAGCAGACUGAUGCUGGUGGGUUUUUUUGUUUUGUUUCUUUUCAUUUAGAGAGUAAUGUGUCUGUUACCUGUUGUCAAUUUAGCUUGUACAUUCAGAUAUGAACCUAAUAAAUAUGUCAAAGAACAA